AUGGCCCCGCCCGCCGCCGGCGAGGCCUCGUCCUCCUCCUCGGCCUGCGCCGCCGCGCCGGAGACUCCUCGCCCUCACCCGGAGGAGGCCGCCAAGCGCCGCUGCCGCCCCUCGCGCCCCGCCGCCGGCGCCUGGGCGCGCGUGGUCUCCAUGGGCGUGCAGGGCUGCGUCAUGGCCGCCGCGCUCGCGCUCUUCCUCCUCUUCGCCUUCGCCGCCUGCCUCCUCAUGCUGGCGCUCGUCUUCUCCGCGCGCGCCUUCCGCCGCCAGGGCAGCCGCUACCGCCCCUUCUCGCCCGACGACGACUUCCCGCCGCCGCCGCCGCCCCCGCGCCCCGUCGGCCUCGCGUCCGCCCAAAUCGCCCGCCUCCCCUGCUUCGACUCGUCGCCGUUCGACGGGCCCUCCACCUGCGUCGUCUGCCUCGAGGCGUCGCGCGCCGGCCAGCGGUGGCGCAAGCUGCCACCCUGCGGCCACGCCUUCCACGCCGCCUGCGUCGACCCGUGGCUCCGCCUGUCGCCCGCGUGCCCCGUCUGCCGCGCUGCCGUAGCCGUCCCGCCAGAGAAGAGCUGA